AUGCGAUGCGCGAGCAAGGCCGCCGAGAGCGCGUCUGCACGUCUCUGUGCGGCCGCCGAGAGCGCGUCUGCACGUCUCUGUGCGGACGCCGAAGCAGAAACAACAGCAACUGAUGUCUCAUCGGUUGCUGAAGCGACCCAGCCUGUGUCACUUGGUGAUGCAGGCGCUGGUCAUGAAGACACUCGUGUCUUCACAGAGUACGAGCUCGGUGUCUCGUACUCUCCUGAUACGGAUGACGGAUCCGUAUCGACGGCGAUUGAAUCUAAGCCGCCUGCCAAGCGUGGCAUGGACGAUGCUUUGCGUCGCAGCAUCUUUGGUUCAUCUGAUGAAUCAGAUGAACCAUCGCCGAAGCGAAGGCGCUCGAGGUCGCGAGACUCGGGCGCUAAUAGUGGUGUCGGUUCUCCUAUGGACACCACUUCACAGCGAGGUGCCAGUACUUCUGUCGGCACGUCGCAGGAAGAGCGGGACCGCAAUGUCUUGCGUCUCGCUUCUGAAAAGAAGGCAUGGAUGCCUCCAAAAUCCGUCAUGGAUCACUUGUCGGCGACGACGAGUGAUCGUUAUCGAACACGAUUGUUCGAUUCGUCAAGGAUCCAUCACCUUGACCCCAGCGCGAAAAACUAUCGCGCUGAACAUGAAUUCUUCAUCGAUGCUUUCUUUAGACAUCGAUGGUACAGUGGGAAUCACAAACGUGAUGGUCCCUCACUAUUUCAGGCGUGGAACGCCUACAUCCAUAACCUUGAGGAUGUAGGUCGUGACGUUUGGAACGACAAACUUAUCAAAGCUCGUGAUAAGUUUGAAAAGCGAACCCCGACAGGUGCACGCUACAAGCUGCAUCGUCUGUCAAGGGAGAAAGGAUUACCCUGCCUCUCUUGGGGAGACUCGUGCCCGUGUUGUGUAAACAACUCUGCACGAGCACCUAAGGAGGCUUACCUCCUUACCAGCCCGUGGUGGCGCGUACGUAUCUCUACUGAGAUGUACGAAGGGAUUGACAGCUUGAAAUCCCUUUACGACCGUGCCGGGAAGACUUUCUCCGGCGGUCCUUCUGCGGUACAGGAUGUGCCGCAUCGUACUGCUCAACCAGACCCAGUACGUCAACCAUCAGUUGGGAGCGGGGCUCCCAAGAAUCCCAGGACGAGGGAUAGCCGCGCCACCGGACGAGAUAACUCGUCCGACGUCCGUUCACAUCGCGGUGGUUCAACAGCUGCUCAACCUGAUAGCGCUGGUCACCGCUAG